CCCGCGGCGGACGGGGAAGAGCCUUGGUCACAGCUACGGUCACCCCUCUCGCGCGCACGCGCCACGUGGGCUCGCGGUCUUGCGCAGGGCCUUUGGCUGCGUACCGGGACUUCCGCAGUAGCUGUUUUAGCCCUCAGAGUACCCUCUGUGAGCUCAGCAUCUCAACUGAAUUCCCCUUUUCUAUAGACCCGGAAGCUGGGGCUCAGGGACGUGGCCGCGCCGGGGUUUGAGGGAGAUAGGGCUUGUUGGACUUCGGAGGCCGCGCUCUUUCUUAUCUGUGAGGCUUGACUUUGGGAUCUGUUUUCUUUAGAUACGCGAAAUUGUUUGGGUCCGGUCUGCGGCCGACAGCCUUGCGUCGGGCAUCGCCGCCUGGCUUCUCUGCAGGGCUGGGGGUGGGGUUGGGGGACGCGGGGAGGCGCCCUUUGCGUGCCCUGCCCGACCGCUCCGGUCCGUAGUUCCGGCGGGGUGGGCUGGGGAGAGGGGGCGGUCCUCAAGUGUGGGCGCUCUCCACACCCCAACAGACAAACUUGAGGAGGGCAGGAUUCAUAAACGAAAUCUGAAAACACGUGGAAACUCUCCUCCCGGGUCACGAGAGAAAAUAGAAAAUAGAGCAGCUUUUUUUUUGUCUGAGGAAAAAUACCACCAGAGGCUUUUGCAAGUGCUAGGAAACUGCUUCCUUCAUGCCCUUGUGGAGGCAGAUGUGAACCUUUUGGAACUCAGUUUGGCAAUAUGAGUCUACACCCUUUGACCUACUGAUGCCAGCCUUGGGAAAUAAGUAGGUUAAAACCUAAGUAGGGGAAAGGUUGAAGCGUUAGGCGUUGCAGUUUGGUAUUUUAUAAGCAGAGACAGUGGAAACAACCUCUAAUCCCCAGUGAUACACCUAAUGAUAAAAGUAAUAAUACCUUUUUUGGAGCCGAAGGGUUAUAUUUCUUUAAACCGUCACAAAACCUUAUGAAACUAGUAUUCCCAUUCCACGGAUGGACAACUGGAACUCAGGUUUAAAAAAAACCCUUUUUGCGGAAGGAACACAUUCGCUCAUACAGUUUCAGAAUGUCAAGUACUGUGUCCUACUGGAUUUUCAAUUCUGCAAGAAACAGCAUUGCCACAUUACAAGGGGGACAACGUUUAUAUUCAAGGUAUGCCUCAAAUAGGAUUAAAUCAAAAUGGAGGCUCUUUCCCCAGGGGCCAGUCACCCUAAAAAACAAUGCCUCAUGUGGUGGCAUUGCUCUGCAGAAAGCCUUUAGACACACAUCAACAGAGGAAGAUGAUUUCCACUUGCCGCUCAGCCCUGAGCAGGUAAAUGAAGUACUGCGAGCCGGUGAGUCGGCCCACAAGAUUCUUGACCUUGUCAGUGGAGUCCCAAGUUCGGUGUUGCGGUUUGAGAGCAACCAGCUGGCUGCCAAUUUCCCAGUGGAGGACCGGGGAGGUGUAGCCGCCUGCCUGCAGACCAAUGGGCUGAUGUUUGGCGUCUUCGAUGGACAUGGUGGCCACGCAUGUGCUCAAGCGGUGAGCGAGAGGCUCUUCUACUAUGUGGCAGUGUCACUGAUGUCCCAGCAGACGCUGGAGCAGAUGGAGGGGGCGAUGGAAAGCAUGAAGCCCCUGCUGCCCAUUCUGCAGUGGCUCAAGCACCCAGGGGACAGUAUCUACAAGGAUGUCACGUCAGUGCACCUUGAUCACCUCCGUGUCUACUGGCAGGAGCUGCUGAACCUGCACAUGGAAAUGGGGCUGAACAUUGAGGAAGCAUUAAUGUACUCCUUCCAGAGGCUGGAUUCUGACAUCUCGCUAGAGAUCCAGGCUGCCCUGGAAGAUGAGAUGACCAGGAACCUUUCACUCCAGGUUGCUUUCUCAGGGGCGACAGCUUGCAUGGCCCAUGUCGAUGGAGUUCACUUGCAUGUGGCAAACGCUGGUGACUGCCGGGCCAUCCUUGGUGUCCAGGAGGACAAUGGCAUGUGGUCUUGUCUGCCCCUCACCCGAGACCACAAUGCCUGGAACCCAACCGAGCUGUCACGGCUAAAGAGGGAGCAUCCUGAGUCAGAGCACAGGACAAUCAUCAUGGACAACAGGCUGCUGGGCGUUCUCAUGCCCUGCAGGGCCUUCGGGGACGUCCAGCUGAAGUGGAGUAAAGAGCUGCAGCGCAGUGUCCUGGAGCGGGGCUUUGACACCGAGGCCCUCAACAUUUACCAGUUCACCCCCCCACACUACUACACUCCACCUUACCUGACGGCCAGGCCUGAGGUCACAUACCACAGGCUGAGGCCCCAGGAUAAGUUCCUUGUGCUGGCCUCUGACGGCCUGUGGGAUGUGCUGGGCAAUGAGGAUGUGGUGAGGCUGGUGGUGGAGCACCUGGCUGAAGUGUGUCGGCACAAGCCAGACCUGGCCCAGAGACCCGCCAACCUGGGACUCAUGCAGAGCCUGCUGCUGCAGAGGAAAGCCCAGGGGCUCCACGCCACCGACCAAAACGCAGCCACACGUCUGAUCAGAUACGCCAUAGGGAGCAACGAGUACGGGGAGAUGGAGCCUGAGCGGCUGUCGGCGAUGCUGACGUUGCCGGAGGACUUGGCAAGGAUGUACAGGGAUGAUAUCUCUGUCACUGUGGUGUAUUUUAACUCAGACUCGAUUGGUUCAUCUUACAAGGGGAGUUAAGAGUCUCCCAUCCUGUUGCCAAGGUUAAUUUAAAUGCUCUUCUAAGACAUUUUCACUUACUCUUAAACUGGCUAUUUAGACCUUGUUGUUAAAGGGCAGGCAGAUGUAGCUUGCUUAAUAAUAGACUAAUGUGAGAGAAAAAACAGCCUAGGAUUAAAAACCAUAGUAGUGAUUUUAUGUCCCUGCAUGUUUUAGUCACCUCUUCUACGCAGAAAGGGUGGAACACAGAGACCGUAGACUUGGCUGGGGCUCGUGCAACCCAAGUCCCUGUAUAAAGACACUGUUGUUGAACUGUGUCAGCCUGAGCCUGCGAAGGGUAAAAUUAAUCAUGAUUCUAAGGAUAUGAAGAAGUUCAGGAUCUUCUGAGGUCUUGAUACAAAAAUCUGCAAAGUUGGUAAUUCUCAAUUCGUAAUCAUGGCCUUCUAGACUAUGAAGGGAGGUUUUGUUUGUUUCUUAUUUUGAAGUUUCUAAAGACCUAGGUUUACAAAGCAUAUUACAGGACACUUUUCUAUGCAAUAUUCUAACUUUUGUGUGUGUGUGAUUUUACUUGUGAAAACAUUUUGUAAUGCUGCAUUCUAGUUCCAGUUUAGUUUAUUUUAAAUUGAGUCCUCAAACUUGCAAACAGGCCUGCUCUAAGGGAGCAUGCUUGGAAUGAGUUUUCUUGGUUUUCAGCUGAGGGUGAAGGUGGCCAGGCCUCUGGACCGGCUGAAUUUAUUUGUGCAGCUUUCGGGCCUUUCCACUGAGUCCCACCCCCUGAACCUUUGAGCCACGCUAGGAGGUUACUUCUGUCUGAGCCUUAACUCCUUUCCUGCAUUAAUAAAAUUUCCUCCAGGGUUUAGUAAAUCUCUGCAGAUUUACUCAUAGCACUUAACCUUUCUAAUUAUACCUCUCAAACAUUCUUCUAAUUCCACCUAAUGUUCCUUCCCCCUCUGCUGUGCUGAGCUCCCUCACCCUCCUGCUGACUGUGCAAUACUGUCUAGAAAGAAUGCUCCCAAUUCACAUGGUUGCAGGGAAGGAGAAAAUUCAAGAUUGCAUGUGGUAAUUGUGACAGACAGUUUAGGCAGGACUGCUUAUACAGUGGAUUCUAGACUUAAAAUUCAGCCUGAAUCUGGAGAGGUAAAAACAUGAAGGACCUGAGAACAGUCACUAAGUCUCCCUAGCUGCAUCCCGAGGGGCAGUGGGGAAGAGGGAGGAGUGAGAUUUUUCAGAUGGUACACUUGCCCAUAGACUGUGGGAUAAAUGGCCAUUGCUACUCCUCGGGAACUAGACCUUGUUUAGUAUAGGAACCUGUACUGGCUUCUGUGGGCUGCACAGUCUGUGUUUAUUUGAAAAUUAAACCAUGUGGAUCCUUUCUGGGGGGCUGAAUUUCAUGUUCUGAAUUGCUGUAGCAUUUAAACAACAGGAAAUGUGUCCCUAAAUGGAAACACAAAUAUAAUCCCACAAAACUGACACUUUUUAUGUUCCUGCACUAUCUUCAUUGAUCGCUCUCUCCACCCCCUUUCGUACUGAAAGGAAAGCAAAUAGCUAGGUUUGACUUCCACAUUUUUGUUCACAUUCAGGACAUUCAAGUGUUGAGAAACUUCUAGCCUGCGGAUAUUUCCCUGUGCAUUUACUGAUAUGGCUUCAUCUAAGAAAUUCUCCUUUGAGUGCUUAAGCCUUGGUCCUUUUAUUCUGAAACUAUUAAUAUUCCUUCUGAUCUCCUAGAUCUUAACUCAGAAAUAAAACGUGAAUCCCUAUCAUUCACCUUGCAUGACGGUUUGUUACUAGAGCCGAAGACUGCUUGUCUGACAUCCUUGUUCUUUAUGCCAGCUAAACCCUGGUGCACUCUCUGAUUUACCGGGAUUACAGUGUCUGAAUCCUGUUUUGGAGCCUAGCUUGGGUCAUAAAUAUAUCUGAUUAAGUAACCUGUGGGACAGUUGAGAGAAUACAGACUUCCCACCUGUUCCUUCAAGGGUAUCUGUGUUUUUUCUCAGCCUAAUAGAUUUCCUGCUUUCUAAUUGGUAUAUUGAGAGAGAGGAAAGGCUGGUUUCUUGUCUGCCUUUUUCCAUUGUGAACUCUGUCUGCUCUUGCCAUGAAUGCUCCAAGGAGCACCUCCUGGUUAAACCCCAGCAUGUCUGAUUCCCUGACCACAGUUCUGCUGUCACUGGCCUUCCUGAGGCACAUGGGCUACCACUUGAGGACCCUGGGAUUUGAGAGGGGGUUGGUGGUACUUGUCAGGUCUUCCAAAACACUUAUCAUUCCCUUUAUGUAAAGAUUCUGAUAUUGAGACUUCUGAAAUGAACUAAAAAAAUGAGAUUGAAUCUUUAAUGUUUAGGAUGUCACUUUUGAAUAAAGUAUGCUUUGGUGCUUUAAACAGCAUAUUUACUGUUUUAGGUGAGAAAUGGUAAUAUUGGCAUAUUUUAGAUAUUGUUUUAUAUGUAAAUAAUACAGUUCUGCUGAUUCUGGGGAUUGGUCAAAAUGGAUAGAGAAGUUCUAAAUUCAAGUUAGUAUGCUAUGUCAAGUUACUUAUUCAGUUUUCUGAGAUGUUAUUUGUAACAUUAAAGCUAAUUUAUUAUAAUGAAAGUGUAAACUUUGAGGUAUGUUAAUAUAUAAACAUUUUUCCCAGAAGUACGAUUGGCCUAAGAGAUCGAGUGGGUUAAGACUUAGGUUAGACACAACUGAGCUGACACCUUUUAUAUGAGGGAAAUAGAAACAGCUCAAACUUGAAUUAAAGAAUAGAGUAAUUAAUUGUAUAGAACACGACAAUGUAUUCAGAAUGAGUCUAGCUUAACUCUUUCAUCCAUCAGCCUCUAGUGACCUAUUUUUCGUUUGACAAUUUUGGGGAAACCUUAACUUCCCAGGUUAAAUCAGGAUAUCCUGGAACUGAGCUAUCCUAGUUUCAUCGUUAGUGGUUCAUUUGUCUCUGAACAUGACUCCCAUAGCAGAGAACGUCCUGGUGUGGCUUUGAGGCUGGGGAAUAAAGGCUGGUGGCACCGCUUUUUCCUGUGAGCUGCCACGUGUGUUACCAAGUGGAAAACACACAUGGACUGCAGUGCGACCGUCUCCUGAGCAGGCUGAGGCUCUGUUCCCGAUGCCUUGGGCACCUGAUGUUUAGUUUAACUGGCCUCCUGGAAAAUAUUUCUUAACAAACAUUUACUUGGAAAAAUUAUUAACCAUGUUCUUUAAUAUUUACUGACAUUUGUAUUGUAAACUGUAUACCAAUGUUUUUUUGACAUUGAUUUUCUAACCAUGAGAGAUAUUUAAAUGAAACUUGUAAAUAAGAGAGGAAAAAUGAGAUUUGAUUUCUUUUGUUUUUGAAUAUUCAUAUUUAGGGUCCUUAGGGUACUAGAUUAGACCAUCCUUUGUUUCACCACCUUUAUCUGGUCUGUUCAAUAGUCCACCCAAAAGAGAAAUUUUCUUUGCAAAUUUUCGAUGACUGCUGAGCACACAGGAAGUCCUUGCUUAAUGUUAACAGUGUGUGGGAAGCUGAAAAGAAUGAAAAGGAAGUGUGAAGGCUUUUGUUGUGAGGAUCUCCACAUACUCAGGGCCAAGGCCUGCUGGGAUUUCACAUUAUUUAACUGGCCUUGUAAAACCAGCUUCUAUGGUAAUCUUAAAUUCAGAGCCAGGGCUUCCCUGGUGGCGCAGUGGUUGCGCGUCCGCCUGCCGAUGCAGGGGAGCCGGGUUCGCGCCCCGGUCUGGGAGGAUCCCGCGAGCCGCGGAGCGGCUGGGCCCGUGAGCCGUGGCCGCUGGGCCUGCGCGUCCGGAGCCUGUGCUCCGCGACGGGAGAGGCCGCGGCGGGGGGAGGCCCGCAUACCACAAAAAAAAAAAAAAAAAAAAAAAAAAAAAAAAUUCAGAGCCAGCUUUGGGGAAAAUGUCUAGGCAGCUACCUAGAUAGAGUUGAAGACCCCACUCCAUCCCACCCCCACUGACUGAGUUUUAUCUCAUUGCCUCUGAGUGAUACAGCUCAUAAGGACAGCUCCAACGGGUGCUUCUUAAAGUGCAAAUACAACUAUUAAGUUAUUAAAUUUAGUAUGGGCUAGGGAGGUUAAACUGGGCCUUGAGGAGGAGCAGAUUUGGGGGAGACAAAGGUAGAAAAGGGAAUGUUUGAGGUCUGCUGAGGGUAAUGGAGGAGCUGUUUCCUUCUUUAUAACAUGAUAAAAACAGGCCCGGAGGCUUGAAAACUUGCCGCUGACACUGUAGUAGGGCAGGAAUUUGAACCAAGUCCACUGUGCUGUGCACAUGUCCCAAUACUGGGCUUUCAGAAAGGGAUAAUAAUGCAGGAAAAAUCUCACGGCCCACUUUUGGCACAGGGUGGGUGGGUGGAGAAGUAGGGCGUGCUGACAAGAAGCUAGAUGGAUAACCCAUGCAUUCCAAUAUCCCAUCAUUUGAAACUCGAUAAAAAUAGAGGGAAAACAGGGAGAAUAUAAUUUUAAACAUUGAGCUCUUUAACUAGAGGAGGAAGUCAAUUUAUACUGUUCUUUUCACCUCUAGAGUUUUUGCUUCCAUUUUACUUGAUGCUACUAAAUGGCCUUAAGUAGUUCCCAGGCUAGUGACCCUCUGUAUCGUGGGUAGCUGGCACUCCAAGCAGCUCCCUCUGGGAUGGAUGGGUGAACCUCUGCUGGACUUCCAUGGGUCAUAGUGUCUUUGUUCCAUUGACCCCUGACCUUACCUGUUCCUGGCUGGGAGGAGCAAGCAGGGAUUAAGGGGGCCAGAGUUCCACUUCCGACUUUCACUGGCGAGGGAAUAAGUGAAACCGAACAGGACCCUGUGGGGCCCUCCUGGAUACAAAAGCUGCCCCCCACCUCCCGUCUCCUGUUUUUUAUUUGUAGAAAAGGCCCUGGUCUUCUAGACUUUCCCAGAGUUCCAAACAGCGGCACAAGAGUUACUAAUUAGGGAAGUGAGGGAAUUCAGAAACAAAGGAAAAGCAGUUAAACAAGAAAAGUAAUGACAAUAGCUCGUGGAUAAAACAGUUCCUCCUCAAGGCAAAUGCAGAACAAUCUGACACUUAGCUUUGAGUUGUUCUGAAGGAACUAAACCCCACCCCCCCCACCCCAGGUGGAGGAUGGUGACUGCGUGCUGACCCCAAGCACUGUGGACCUCAGACUGGUUGCAACCAGAAGGCGGAUGAUUGAGAUUACCAAGACAUCACCCUGGAAAUCCCUUCCCUUUCCCCAAAAUAGUUGGAAUAAUCCUCCCACUUAUUAGCCUAUGAAAUUACCCAGCCCAUAAAAACUAACCACCUAGGGAGUUCCCUGGUGGUACAGUGGUUAAGAAUCUGCCCGCCAAUGCAGGGGACACGGGUUCGAACCCUGGUCCGGGAAGAUCCCACAUGCCGCGGAGCAACUAAGCCAGUGAGCCACAACUACUGAGCCUGAACUCUAGAGCCUGCGAGCCACAACUACUGAGCCCGCGUACCGCAACUACUGAAGCCCACGUGCCUAGAGCCCGUGCUCCACAAUAAGAAGCCACCGCAAUGAGAAGCCCCUGCACCGCAGUGAAGAGAAGCCCCUGCUCACGGCCACUAGAGAAAGCAGGCGCGCAGCAACGAAGACCCAACGCAGCCAAAAAUAAAUAAUAAAUAAAAUAAAUUUAAAAAAAACCCAAACCAAAAAACUAACCACCCCAUAUUUCGGGGCCCCCUCACCUUCUGCCUAUUGAAAUGUGUAUCUCUGCUUUCACUUUACUACGGCUCGCUAGCUCUUGAAUUCUCCCCUGCAUGAAGCCAAGGACCCUCACUUGGCAGCCCGUCCCAGGAACUCGACAGAGACCUGGGACAUGACCAUCCUCUCAGGCCCCAUUUUCCUGCAACCUCUUUACAAAGGAUAUUAAUAAAUUUACUUCUUACCUGUCACUUUGCCUCUUGCUGAAUUACUUCUGCGCCGAGACAUAAAGAACCUGAGUUUCGUUGAGUCCUGAGACGAGUUGUGGUUUUCAGUUGGAAGAUUGUGGGUUCGAGUCCCAUCUGAGGUGUGAGGCUUCACAGCGCCAUUCUCCGCGCAGCAGAUGAAUAGAAGGAAUGUCUGCCAUGGGCUGCUGCUCUGUCCAGUUCACCUGCAAACACCUUGUGUGGCCCCGGGGCCGGGCAUGCAGAGCUGUCCAGGGAUUGGCUCAUGACACUGGGCACAGUGGGGACGGGGAAGGGCCAGCCCGGGGGUCUGGGACGGGCUCUGGGGAUAUUGUGGAAGUAGGGGCAAGCGUUAUAGUGAAGGUUGAGGGGGAGCUGGCCAAAAGUGGCUGAGAGGGCAAGAAGGAGCCCCUCGGGUGAUCUCUGGGGAUGGGGAAGUGGACAAGGCCACGCAGCGACCUCAGAGAGGACAUGGCUUGCUCUUCAUCAGCACGGAGUGGGGUGGGGGCAACGCAGAAAGUCUCACCUCAAUUCCCCCACUUUCCCUGCGGUGUUGCCACCAGGUGCUGCUGGGCAUUUGUCCUUGUUUUUCUCCUCCCCACCCUCAUCCCUGUAAUGUCAGGCUUAGCCCCCUGCCUUACUGACUGUACAAUGAAUAAGGAGGGAUGGGGGGCA